AAUGGUGUAUCAUUCAUAAAUAGUCAAGUUACGUACAAAAUAAACACAGUUCACUUAUAUUGUAACUUCUAAUACAUAUGUUAUGGGAGAACUUACACAAUUUAGAUAAAAACAAAGUUAUUGCCUAACUACAUUGAAUCUGAAAUUACGAUACUGCCUAACUGAAUGCUGUAAACGUUCCUCCCCUCUUUACAACCAUGACGCUGGCGGUCUCUCGAGGAAUCUUAGUGUGCCUCUUGUUGGCGAUUUCCAGUAAUUCUGCCGACGAUGACCAUGGGACAAAGGCUUUUAAGUACAACAAAGAGAUGUUUGACGAUAAGGUUCCUCAGAAAGCGCAUUUUAUAAUGUUCUUCGCGCCGUGGUGCGGUCACUGCCAGCGUCUCAGUCCAGUAUGGGACGAGCUGGCCGUCAAGUUCAACACUGACCCGUCCAGUGCGGAGGUACUGAUAGCCAAGGUGGACUGCACUGCCGAGACUGCCCUCUGCUCCGACCAGGAAGUCAAAGCUUAUCCAACACUGAAGUUUUUUGGUUCUGCCUCCGCCACAUCUUCAGUACGAUACAAGGGGAAGAGGGACCUGUCAGAACUGGAGGCCUUCAUAACAGAACAGCUGGCUGGAGAAGUAGCUGAAGCCCCAAAACCACCAGAGCCAAAGAAAAGUUUAGUUGAAUUAACAACAGAUGACUUCCAGGAUAAGAUUGCACUAGGACACCAUUUUGUGAAAUUUUAUGCCCCAUGGUGUGGCCAUUGCAAGCGUCUGGCACCUGUUUGGGAAGAGCUUGCGCGAACGUUUGAGCAUGAUGAAACGGUCACCAUAGCAAAGGUUGACUGCACAGCACACAAUGUUGUGUGUCAGAAGGCAGACAUCAAGGGAUAUCCCACAUUGCUAUGGUACCACAAUGGAGUCAAGCUGGAUACCUAUGAUGGAGCCAGAACACACAAAGAUCUGAAACAGUUUGUGUCAAGAAUGAAGGAGAAAUCUGCUGACAAGGAUGGGAGUGUUGAUGGCAAAAUUCCAGACAGUGUACCUACGGAUCAUACUGAGCCCAAUGUGGUGGCACAAGCAGUGGGAGAUGAUAAUUUUGAAGAAACCAUAGCAACAGGAACAACUUUUGUCAAAUUUUAUGCACCGUGGUGUGGUCACUGUAAACGCCUGGCCCCAACCUGGGAUGAUCUUUCCAAGAAGUUUUCUGAUCAGCCCAAUAUAAAGAUAGUCAAAGUAGAUUGUACACAAUAUGGGAACCUUUGUUUAAAGCAUGGGGUGCGCGGCUAUCCUACUCUGACUCUGUUUCAUGAAGGAGAGAAGAAAGGAGAACACACAGGACCCAGAGAUCUGGAGACCUUACAUUCCUUUGUUGUCAACAACAAGCCACAUGAUGAACUCUAGAAUUAUCAUAUAAUGGUGGGCAGGUUGCUAGACACCAGUUACACAUUAAACCAGUUCUAAACUGUAGGCUACCAAGGCUAAUAGUUCUAAAGUCAUGUAUACCAAGUAGUUGCUAUGGCCAACAGUUGUAAACAGACUCGGUUACUAUGGCUACCAGUUGUAAACCAACUCUGUUACAGCAGCUUAAAGUUCUUAAAAGAUUCAGUUGCUAUGGGCACCAGUUAUGAACUUAAUAUAUAGUUGCUAUGGACACCAGCUCUUAUCAAAUUGUUUUACCAUGACAACCACUUUGAAUUAUGUAACUAUGGCAACAAGGGUUGACUUGAUUCAGUUACCAUGACCACUUGUUGUGACAAUUAGUUCUCUAGUGAUUCAGUGACUGUGACCAUUUCCAGAACUAUUUAGGUUAAAAUCAUCUUAAAACAAACUCUAGGAAGUAUAUAUAUAUAUAUAUGUAGCUGAAAGUCAGCUGGUGUAUGCAAUUCACAACCAGUUUAGAAUUGGUUUGGAUUUGGUGACCGGUGUCAAUGAACUGGCCUUUCCACAUGUGUCGGACUUUCAGGAACAGCUGCAUUUCUUUUUUUUUCUUUUUUUUCUUUUUUUUUUUUUUUUUUUUUUUUUUUUUGUCAUGGGGGAGGGGGGUAGCGUGUUGUUGUGUCUAUCAGUGUUACAUGUCCGUUUGUAGCAGAAUGGGUUAGUUAAGGUCUGUGAAAGCCUUAAACGUGUGUGUGUGUGUGUGUGUGUGCGUGAGAGAGAGAGAGAGAGAGAGAGAUGGGUUAUGAUAUAGCAACAGCAGUGUUCAUAAGAGAUAUGAAGGAAGACUGCCAUCUUUUGUAAAUGUGUUUUUCAAUAGUUUGGCAUUCAUGCGAACUUUUUGAUGCCUGUAGAGUGUCAAAAAUAGAAUACCGAGUCUUUCCAAAGUUUGUACCCAUUAAGAAUUUGUAGAUUUAUUUCAGUAACGCUAUAUAUACUCUUUAUAUUGAUAUUUCACAAGGAAAUUCCAAUCUGUUUUACAAUGUUUUACAAUCCACUCGCUAUGGUCUGCUGAAAUCUGACCAAUGUGACACAGUUGUCCUUAUGUAUAAAUGCAUCUAGUUCAAAUUACAAUAAAUUACUACAAUCAGG